AUGAAAGUCAGUAAGUUUGAAGAAAAGAAGAUCUUCUGUGGCUGGUUCCAAGUUGACAUCAAACCCUUCAAGGUCUCACUGAUGAACGUGAUUAAGAAAUGGAGCUGGAUGUUCAAAGAACACCUGAUCAAUCAUGUCAACUACAGCGUGCAAGACCUGGCAACCUUCGUCCACGACACACACAAGGGCCUGUCCAAGAAGGUGCGGGACGGAGACUACGCCGGCCUGGUGGACAUCAUGGGCCAUUUGAUGGCCAUUCGGGACAGACAGAUCACCACCGACCAGCACUUCAAACCCCUCAAGUCCACUGCAGACCUGCUCAAAACCUAUGGCCAGCAGCUCCCAGAACAGGUCUACUCUCAGCUGGAGGAGCUCCCAGAGCGAUGGAAGGCCCUGAAGAAAGUGGCCUUCACCGUGAAGCACGAGGUGGCCCCGCUGCAGUCCAACGAGGUGUCCGUCAUCAGGAGGAAGUGCGUGCGCUUUGAGAUCAAGCAGCAUGAGUUCAGGGAACAAUUUCGCACAGAAAUCAUCUUUCGAAGGAAUGUGGAUGAUCCCUAUAAGCACAUAGACAAGACGAACAGGGCAGUGGUGCAGCUGGAGACGGAGAUGCGGAAGCUGCAGGAGACGGCGGCUCUGUUUGAGGUCAGCUUCCCCGAUUACAAGCAGCUGCGCCAGUGCCGCUCUGACACCAUCCUGCUCAAGUCUGUGUGGGACAUGGUGAUAUUCGUCAAGACCAGCAUUGAAGACUGGACAAAAACCAAAUGGAAAGAAAUGAAUGUUGAACAAAUGGAUAUGGAAUUAAGAAGAUUUGCGAAGGAGAUGAAGACCUUGGACAAAGAGGUGCGUGUGUGGGACGUGUACACCGGCCUGGAGGCCACAGUGAAGAACAUGCUGACCUCGCUGCGGGCCGUGAAUGAGCUGCAGAACUCCGCCGUGCGGGAGAGGCACUGGCAACAGCUCAUGAGCACCACCGGGGUUAGCUUCGUCAUGGACGAGGAGACCACUCUGGGAGCCCUCCUGGAGCUGCAGCUGCACCGUGUGGAGGAAGAGGUGAAGAACAUUGUGGAUAAGGCUGUGAAGGAGAUGGCCAUUGAGAAGGUGCUGACAGAGAUGAACCAGACAUGGAGCCAGAUGACGUUUUCCUAUGAGACACAUCAGAUUACUGGGACUCCUCUGCUCAAGUCUGACCAGAACCUGAUUGAAACCUUAGAGGACAAUCAGGUGCAGCUGCAGAGCAUUCUGAUGAGCAAGUACGUGGAGUACUUCCUGGUGCAGGUGAGCACCUGGCAGAGGAAGCUGAUGGUGGCCGACCUGGUCAUCUCCAUCUGGAUGAGCGUGCAGCGCACCUGGGCACACCUGCAGAGCAUCUUCACCAACUCCGAGGACAUCCGCAACCAGCUGGCCCAGGAUGCCGUGCGCUUCCAGGGCAUCCACCUGGACUUCCAGGCAUUGGCGGAGUAUCUGGAGACUAAGAGGCUGUCCUUCCCUCGUUUCUACUUCGUUUCAGCCACAGAUUUACUGGAAAUCAUUUCCAAGGGAACCCAGCCGACACAGGUCACCAGGCAUCUACUGAAGCUUUUUGACAACCUUGCGGAUCUGGAGUUCAGUGAGAUGGAGCUGGAGGGCCGGAGGGCAGAGCCAGAGGGGCAGAGGGCGGAGUCUGCUGGGGAGAGGGUGGGGCCCGCCGGGGAGUGGGCGGUGCCAGCUGGGGAGAGGGCGGUGGCACUGGGCAUGUUCAGCCGGGAGCGGGAAUAUGUGCCUUUCUCUGAGCCCUGUGUCUGUGAGGGACAGGCCGAGUGCUGGCUCAGUGCGCUGGAGGCCGCCAUGCGCCGCACGGUGCAGCGGGAGAUCAUGGAGGCCGUGGCGGCGUACGAGGACAAGCCCCGCGACCAGUGGCUCCUGGACUUCCCCGCCCAGGUGGCGCUGACCGGCAGCCAGAUCUGGUGGGCCACGGACGUGGGCAUCGCCUUCCAGCGGGUGGAGGAGGGCUUCGAGACCGCCCUCAAGGACUACAACCGCAAACAGAUUACGCAGCUGAACGCUCUCAUAAACAUGCUGCUGGGAGAGCUCUCCCCCGGAGACCGGCAGAAGAUCAUGACUAUCUGCACCAUCGACGUCCACGCCCGAGACGUGGUCGCCAAGCUCAUUGCCCAGAAGGUAAUCGGGAUGGCACGAUUGCUCCACUCCACUAAAGCCAAAAAAUGCUACAUCACGCUGACCCAGUCCCUCCAUCUCACCAUGAGCGGGGCGCCUUCGGGUCCUGCAGGCACGGGGAAGACGGAAACCACCAAGGACCUCGGCCGCUCCCUGGGCAUCAUGGUCUAUGUAUUCAACUGCUCAGAGCAGAUGGACUACAAGUCCAUUGGGAACAUUUAUAAAGGUCUUGCGCAGACUGGAGUGUGGGGAUGCUUCGAUGAGUUCAACCGGAUCUCCGUCGAAGUGCUGUCCGUUGUAGCCGUGCAGGUCAAGACCAUUCAGGACGCCAUCCGAAACAAGAGACAAAGGUUCCAGUUUCUGGGAGAGGACAUCGAGCUGAAGCCCACCGUUGGUAUUUUCAUCACGCUGAACCCAGGGUAUGCCGGGAGAGCAGAACUUCCUGAGAACCUGAAAGCCUUGUUUAGGCCUUGCGCGAUGGUGAUUCCAGACUUCGAGCUCAUCUGUGAGAUAAUGCUGGUGGCCGAGGGCUUCCUCGAAGCGCGUCAGCUGGCCCGGAAGUUCAUCAGCCUGUACACACUGUGUCGAGAGCUGCUGUCUAAGCAGGAUCACUAUGACUGGGGUCUCAGGGCCAUAAAGUCUGUGCUGGUGGUGGCUGGAUCUUUGAAGAGGGAGGACCGGAGCAAGCCUGAAGACCAGGUCCUGAUGCGCGCCCUGAGGGACUUCAACCUGCCCAAGAUCACCAGCAGCGACGUGCCCAUCUUCCUGGGCCUGAUCAGCGACCUGUUCCCCCUGCUGGAGGUGGUGCGCAAGAGGGACCUGCGUCUGGAGCAGGCCGUGCGCCAGUCUGUGGCCGACCUCCACCUGCAGCCUGAGGAGAACUUCGUCCUGAAGGUGACCCAGCUGGAGGAGCUGCUGGCGGUCAGACACUCAGUGUUUGUUGUGGGGAGCGCAGGGACGGGGAAAAGUCAGAUAUUGAAGACCCUGCACAGAACCUAUACCAACAUGAAGCUAAAGGCUGUGUGGAAUGACAUGAACCCCAAAGCCGUGACCACAGACGAGCUCUUCGGCUAUCUCCACCCCACCACUAGAGAAUGGAGGGACGGGCUGUUUUCCUCUACCAUGAGGGAGCUCUCUAGACUGACCCACAACGGGCCCAAAUGGAUUGUCCUGGACGGGGACAUUGAUCCAAUGUGGAUCGAGUCACUGAACACAGUGAUGGACGACAACAAGGUGCUCACGCUGGCGAGUAACGAGCGGAUUUCCCUGACGCCGUCCAUGCGGCUGCUGUUCGAGAUCAGCCACCUGCGGGCGGCCACCCCGGCCACCGUCUCCCGCGCCGGCAUCCUGUACGUCAGCCCCCAGGACCUGGGCUGGAGCUCGUACGUAACGAGCUGGAUUGACACUCGACGCGCUCAAUCAGAAAGGGCCAAUCUGACCAUAUUGUUCGAUAAGUACGUCCCGUACUGCUUGGAGCAAGUGAGGUGCAAUCUGAAAACAAUCACGCCGAUUCCUGAGAACAGUAUGGUGCAGACGCUGUGCUCGCUCCUGGACUGCCUGCUGACCCCGGAGAACACCCCCCCGGACUCCCCCAGGGAGCUCUACGAGCUUUAUUUCGUCUUUGCCUGCGUCUGGGCCUUCGGGGGCGCCCUCUUCCAGGACCAUCUCAUUGACCACCGGUCUGAGUUCAGCCGCUGGUGGACCAAGGAGAUGAGGUCGGUCAAGUUCCCCUCCCAGGGCACGGUCUUCGACUACUUCAUCGACCCCGACACCAACAAGUUCGCCCCCUGGAGCGACAGAAUACCUUCCUUUGAGCUGGAACCCGACAUUCCCCUCCAGACGGUCCUGGUGCAUUCUGCAGAGUCCAUUUGCCUGUCGUACUUUGUGGACCUGCUGCUGCAGAAGGGAAAGCCGGUGAUGCUGGUGGGAAAUGCAGGCGUGGGGAAAACCAUCCUGGUGUCCGACAAGGUGGCCCAGCUCAGGGAGGACUACAUGCUGGCCAAAAUUCCCUUCAAUUACUACACCACCUCAGCCAUGUUACAGCGUGUUCUGGAAAAACCGUUGGAGAAAAAAGCUGGCCGAAACUUUGGUCCAUCUGGCACCAAGAAGCUCAUCUACUUUAUUGAUGAUUUGAACAUGCCAGAGGUAGACGUCUAUGGUACAGUCCAGCCCCAUACCCUUAUAAGGCAGCAUCUAGACUACAGCCACUGGUAUGACAGACAGAAGCUGCUUCUAAAGGAGAUUCAUAACUGCCAGUACAUCACCUGUAUGAAUCCUGCUGCUGGGAGUUUCUCAGUCAAUCCCAGACUUCAGAGGCACUUCUCGGUUUUCGCGGUGCACUUCCCUGGCGUGGAGGCACUGACCACCAUCUACAGCAGCAUCCUGGGGGCCCACUUCCAGCAGGGCGGGUUCAGCUAUGGCGUCACCAGGUCCGUGGGGUCUGUUGUCCAAGCUGCCAUAUGCCUGCACCAGAAGAUGACGCAGAACUUUCUGCCGACCGCCAUCCGCUUCCAUUACAUCUUCAACCUGAGGGACCUGUCCAACAUCUUCCAGGGAAUCCUGUUUGCUCUCCCCGAAUGUGUGCGCUAUCCUAUCGAUCUGGUGCAUUUAUGGCUGCACGAAUCCUCCCGGGUUUAUUCUGACAAGCUGAUGGAGGAGAAAGACGUGGAGCUGUUCAAUAAAAUCCUGCUGGACACAGGAAAGAGGUACUUUGAGGGCAUAGACGAGUCCAUCUUCAUCCACCAGCCUCUCAUAUACUGCCACUUCGCCCACGGGAUGGGGGAGUCCCGCUACGUGCAGGUGUCUGACUGGGAGAAGCUACACAAGACCCUGACAGAUGCCCUGGAGCACUACAACGAGCUGCACGCCGUCAUGAACCUGGUGCUUUUCCAGGAGGCCAUGGAGCACAUAUGCCGGAUCAGUCGGAUCCUGGAGGCCCCGCACGGGAACGCCCUCCUGAUCGGGGUGGGCGGGAGCGGGAAGCAGAGUCUGUGUCGCCUCGCCGCCUUCAUCAGCGUUUUGGAGGUCUUCCAGAUCACCCUUCGCAAGGGAUACGGCAUCCACGACCUGAGGAGCGACAUCGCUGCCCUGUACCUGAAAGUGGGGGUGAAGAACAUUGGGACCGUGUUCCUCCACACCGACACCCAGAUACCCGACGAGCGCUUCCUGGUUCUCAUUAACGACAUGCUGGCGUCAGGUACCCGCUGCAGUGGGGUAGGAUGGCGGGUUGGGGGGGGGGCGGGGCCAGCGGGAAUCACACUCCGACGUAGAAAAUGAAC